CGGCCGCCCCACUGCGCAGGCGCGGACACAGGUGCGUGCCGUUUGAAAGUAUGGCGCCUGCGGGUCCGUGGCUGGUGCUGUGUGAAGAGAAGAUCCGGGAGAAGAGCGGCCUGGCGCCUCACCGCGACCUGUCUGAACUUCGGUCAUUAUCUAUUCCUGGAACUUACCAAGAAAAGAUUACUCACCUAGGAAAUUCUUUAAUGAACUUAACUGGCCUAAAAUCUUUAGACCUCUCACGCAACUCCUUGGUGAGUCUACAGGGCAUUCAGUACCUGACUGCGCUGGAAAGCCUCAGUCUCUACUACAACUGCAUCUCCUCAUUAGCCGAAGUGCUUCAGCUCCAUGCCUUGACGGAGCUUACAGACGUGGACUUCCGGCUGAACCCUGUGGUGAAGAACGAGUCUGAUUACCGCCUUUUUGUCGUGCACAUGCUCCCGAAGCUCAGGCAGCUGGAUGAUCGUCCCGUGAGAGAGAGCGAGCGGAAAGCAUCCCAGUUGCAUUUUGCAUCAGAGGAAUCACUGGACUCAAAGCAGAGCUUCCCAGCUGUUUUAAGAGUUGGAAGACCACGCCACUCUAGGGCCACGUGCGCCGAUCCCUCGGCCAAGAAAUGCUUGGUAAUGGACGCAGAUGAUGAGGCGGUCCUGAACCUCAUUGCUGAGUGCGAGUGGGACUUGAGCAACCCUCCCGGGAGCACAAGCUCCAGCCAGAGGGGGAGAGAGGCCAACCUCCCUAGUUCCCAAGAAUCCAGGCACCUGUUGAGUCCCCAGUCAGUACAGUACCAGUGUGGGGAUUCCAUAAAGAAAGGCCACGAGAAGAGGAGAAGCAGCUCUCGAGGGGAUGGCUCAGAAGAGAGGCCUCAGAACCAGUACUGUGGGGAGCUCCCACCGCAGUGUGGGCUGCACACACACUUUGCCCCACGCCCAGAUUCCACAGACAUUGAGGAGUCUACCCUUUCUCAGAAGUCAAGUUUGUCAGCCCAAAAGGUAUUGAAUCCGUUGCCUGCUCCUGAAAAGUACAGGAAGCAAAGAAUGCCUGGUGGGAGAUCUCAGGCACCUGCAGACCAGGAGUGUCUGCACUGCCCAGAGAGGCCCAGUGUGCCCUCAAGCCCUGAGGAGAGUCUGAGCAGGCAGAGUGGCUCGGAGGGCAGGAGUGAAAGGACCUUUCCUCACUCAGCGGUGUUGGAGCCUGAAGAGGAGAGGCCCCCCAGCGUGAGUGGCACUGGAGAGGUGUCUCCUGCCAAACUGUACUCCGCUCCACCACCCGGGAAGAAGGCUGGCCUGGAAGCGGUGCUCCUGGAGGCGCUCCUCGACCUGGUGGACAGAUACUGGGGUGGCUGCAAGUCUCUGCACGGCAACGAGGUGUUCCGCGCUCAGGCAAGACAGAUUUUAUCAUCGAUGCAAGAGUUUACAGCAGCUCAGGACAUCUCAGCAGCCGUGAGUGAAGAAAUUAGCUUCCUUACUCUGGAAAAGAGAUCUUUGCAAAAGCUCCUUGCUGAACAGCAGCAGCAGUACAGCAUGAGGAUGAGUGAGGUGGCGUCGGAACUCAGCAACACGCGGAAGGAGAUGGGUGACUUGAGACAGCAUCUAGGCAAAUCUUUGGAGGAGAAUAGUAGCCUAAAGGCUCUUUUGUUCAGCCUGAAAAAAGAAGUAAAAAAUGCAGACACUGCAGCUACGUUAAACUUGCAGAUUACUGGACUUGAAACAAGUGUGAAGAGGCUCUCUGGUGAGAUCGUGGAGUUGAAGCAGCAUCUGGAGCACUACGACAAGGUCUGGGAGCUGACCCAGAUGCUGCAGGAGAGCCACAGCUCCCUGGUCGGCACCAACGAGUACCUCCUGCAGGAACUGAGCCGGGCGCACGCGCAGCACAAGGCCGAGGUCGAGCAGCUGCACUGGAGCUACAAGGAGCUCAAGACGACGCUGGGCCUGUUCCCGCGCGGCAGCUGCUAGGCCGCGUCUGCGUCGCCUCCACGCACCUAGUAAACCGCGGAAGCUCUUUUCUACCUGGUACGAUUGUGGGGCAGAGCUCUGCCUCCCGUUCAUAAUCAGCUGAAGUUGUGAAACUGUUCAGGGCCUCCAGCUCGGUUUUGUAAAACACCCUGAAAAGAUGGGAUUGAUCUGCCUGUAGGUGAGUCUGUGAACAAGGACAUGUAGGGGUAGUGUUUGCAGGGAGGUGCUAACCAGGGUGGCUCCCUCUGACUCCACGCUGCUCCUGCUCCUGAGAUUGCAAAAAAAAAAAAAAAAAGAAGGAUUAAUCCAAGCCCUUCACAUGUUUUGAGACAAGACAUAUUGAUGUUUUUUGAGACCAGCAUCAUUAAUUUUCCGUGAAAUAUCUUGAGAUAAAAUGCAGUAUUUUUCUCCCUAAA